AUGUCUUUGAAGUCGCCGGAUUUGAAAAUGUCCAAGUCUCACAUGGACGAUUUAUCAAAAAUCUACAUCAACGAUACUUCGGAGCAAAUUUCAAACAAGAUCAGGCUGGCUCUUACAGACUCAAUCCCGGGGAUUUCAUAUGAUCCCAAAUUGCGACCCGGUGUAUCGAAUCUGCUAGAGCUUCUGUCCCAUUUUGAUACGCGAUCAAGGGCUAUUGGGGAUUUGGUUCGUGAUUGUGGUGAUCUAUCUAUGCGGGAAUUCAAAUUACUUGUUGCCUCUUCGGUCGACAAGGGCCUUGUAACGAUUCGAGACAGAUUCACUGAACUCCUUGAACCUCGGAAUCAGGAAUCCCUUGAAGCCUUAGCGCACGACGGCGCCUUAAAGGCCCGAGAAAUAGCUCGAGGAACAAUUAGCCGCGUAAAAGACAUCAUAGGUCUCUCUAUUAUCUAG